CAUUGGUACUUAUAGAGUAGGGGAAGCUGCCCUGGCACCUAACCCCCCCUAUUUAUAUUAAUUCUUAUGGGGAAAUUGGAUUUGCUUAACAUUGUUUCACUUAAAGUCAUAUUUUUCAGGAACUACGUUAAGUGAGGUGUUACUGUAUUUCCUUUCCAUACAGAUGAAAUGUCCCCGCCAGCAAAGAGAGGGACAAGGUUUUUUGUAGCAAGAUGUGACAAACCCUGAUAUUGCUCAUUUUUCCUAUCCAGAGCAGAAUUUCCAAUUAAAAAACUGGACAUAAUCUCCCUCAUAGAACGAGAGGAAGAGCCUUGGGUUCCUGAUCUCCAGGGCUACGAGGAAAAGGAGAUGCUGAGUGGCACCUGUGCAGGUGAUGGGAUUGUGAGUGAGAAUGGGAAGGAGAAUCUGCACCAGGACAGUCAUGAGCCAAUGGAACCACAUGGCACAUUAUCAGGAGCAUCCCAAAGGAAUAUUUCCCAGAGUCCUGAGCAGGAUAAAGCCUGUGAGGGUCAGCACGGAUCAGAAAGGCAUCAAAGAACUCCUCCAGGGAAGAGACUAGGUCAAUCAACUGCAUGUGAAAUAGGUUUUAGGAAACUACCAGACAUUAUCCAGCUGGGAAAUCCCAAGAUGGGGAAACCAAUAAUAUGUGAUGACUGUGGGAAAAGCUUCCGGCUGAGAUCAAACCUCAGACAGCAUCAAAGGAUUCACACUGGAGAGAAACCCUUUGGAUGUGCCGAGUGUGGGGAAAGUUUCCGGCAGCGCUCACAUCUUAUUCAGCAUAAGACAAAGCACACGGGGGAGAGACCCUAUGAAUGUACCGAGUGUGGGAAAAGCUUCAGUAUGAGCUCAAAACUCAUUCGGCAUCAGAUAAUCCACACAGGAGAAAAACCCUAUAAAUGUGGUGAGUGUGGCAAAAGCUUCAUUGGGAACUCACAGCUUAUCCUGCACCAGAGAGUCCACACGGGUGAGAGACCCUACAAAUGUGGUGACUGUGGGAAGAGCUUCAGUGUGAGCUCAGCUCUUACUCAACAUCAGAGAACGCACACUGGAGAGAAACCUUAUGAAUGUGCCGAGUGUGGGGAAAGCUUCCGGCAGCGCUCACACCUUAUUCAGCAUCAGAGAAUCCAUACGGGUGAGAGACCCUAUGAGUGUUCCAAGUGUGGAAAGAGCUUCAGCGUGAGCUCUGCCCUCAUUCAGCAUCAGAGAUUCCACACAGGGGAAAGACCUUAUGAAUGUGCUGAGUGUGGGAAAAGCUUCACAGUGAGCUCACACCUGAUUCAGCACCGGAGAGUCCACACCGGGGAAAAGCCCUACGAAUGUGCUGACUGUGGGAAAGGCUUCCUUUGGAGAUCAGCCCUUCUUCGACAUCAGAGAAUCCACACAGGACAGAAACCCUAUGAGUGUACCGAGUGUGGGGAAAGCUUCCGUCAGAGCGCACACCUUAUUCAGCAUCAGAGAAUCCACACUGGGGAGAGACCCUUUGAAUGUGCCAACUGUGGAAAGGGCUUCACUGUGAGCUCUGCCCUCAUUCGACAUCAGAGAAUCCACAUGGGAGGGAAACCCUAAAAAUGGGCUGAAAGCUUCAUGUCAGAUAUCCCUCCAGAGUCUCCCAAUAGAUAGUAGCCAGGCAUGUUUCUUGCUUUGAGUCCAUAAGGCUCUUCUCUUUUCACAGAGAAUGAAAAAUGCCUUGUUGAGGAUGGUCAAGUUAAACAAAGAGGAAAUGUUGGUGCAGGGAGAAGGGUCAUGUAGGGACCUGAGGUGUGGAGAGGAAUGUAUGCUGGGAGCCAGAGCCAGAGACCGGGAGGUGCUGUGGGCAGCAGGAGGAUUGAGCAUUUGGAGAUAAAAGGGAAGCUGUUGGUAUAGUUGGAGAGAAGUCCCCCAUGAGAACCAGGGCUGGAACUAACAAGGACUGUGCCAGGGGAAAGGACUGGGCCCAGUAUCAUUGGUGCCCAUGUGGAAAAGCAGGAAGGGGUAGCGAUCCAAGGGCUUGAUGAGUCUUGGCAGUCUCUCCGUCAUAUCUCAGAGUAGCAGCCGUGUUAGUCUGUAUCCGCAGAUGCAUCCGAAGAAGUGGGCUGUAGCCCACGAAAGCUUAUACUCUAAUAAAUUUGUUAGUCUCUAAGGUGCCUUAACAGUGCCUUAAGGUGCCUCUGUUCUUUCUCUGUCAGAUCGUGAAUCUUAGCUCCAGGCAAGCAGCAUACUUCUCAGUUUUCCUGUCAGGAUGGCAGAUAGAUGACUCAGUUCUCCUUAGGAUCUUGGGAUCUUGGUAGGAUUUAUCAAAUGAAGAUCUCAAUCCCUUUUGUUUCAAUGACUUUGAAUUCCCAGAUUUUUGGUUAUCUGUUACAAAUUUCAACUUUGCCAAUGUAAGGGGGCAGACUCACCCUGCGGCGCCUCCGGCUGGUCUCUUCCAGGAAUUAGCUCAAUUUCCAGCCUGGAGCGCCCUCUGCAGGCCGGUGAUCCACCUUGUCACUGGCCCCCAUGUCCCUCCCAGGACCCCGGUGCCCCUUUCUUUGCGUGCUGCCCCUUGGCAGCACCCACACACACUGGGUCUCCCCUCCCAGGGGAUCUCCCCACCCACUAACCCCACCUCGCCUCAGUGUAAGGCUACUGCCAGUCACCAUCUAGCCCCACUCCCUGGGGCAGACUGCAGUAUCAGCCACUCAUCACAGGCAAGGUUGGGUUUGGACCUGCUGCCUUUGCCUGCCCCUGGGCUGCCCUCUGCAACCCCUAGUACCUGUAGGCCCAAUGCUAGGCUACAGCCUGGGGCUUUCCAGCCUGGAGCUCCCCAGCUCCUCUGCCUUUCCCCAGCCCUGCUCCACUCAGGUACCCUGACUCAAGCUCCCUGCAGCCAGGCCCUUCUCUCUCUGGAGAGAGAGAGAGAGAGAGAGAGAGAGAGAGAAAGUGACUUCUUGCUCCCGGCUAUAACUUGUGUUUGAGCUAGAGCUGAUGUUUUAGAAAGAAUCCACCAUGUCCCUAGGUAAUUAUGGCAAUAGUUAAUCUCUCUGUUCAAAAUGUGCACCCUAUUUCUAGUCUGAAUUUGUCUAGUUUCAGCUUCAGAAUGGAUCAUUCUGCCUUUUUCUGACAGAUUGUGUAGUGUAUUGAAAAUUGUGUUAAAAUUAUAACCUAUCACUUUAAAUUCUCAGGGGUUUUCCUGUCUUGCUUGCAGGUUAGUAGUGACUGUGACGUUGCACUCCAUAUGUUUAUGGAAAUAUGCUUAUGAGUGUGACUAUAAUGUAACUGGAAUAUGCUUUACGCAAAAGGUCUGUUGUAAGGUAUCGCUACAAAGCUUAUAAUCUACUGAGUGAGUUCAUCCUAUUUGUAUGAAUGUAUCAUUCUUGUAUCUGAAGCUAGAAAUAUGAAGUAUUACUCUGAAGUCCUGUUGUAAUUAUGCAAAGUGUGGGCCAUUAAUGGUGGUUUAGAAUCUUGAUGGCUCCCAUUAACCAGGACAAUUGGUUGUAAAUGGCUCUGUUUACUUGUAAGCCUGCCUGUGUUCCCGUGAGUCAGGCCAGAAAGAAUGGAGACUUGGGGUCUCACAGGACAUAUGACCAUGUCACCUGGUACUGGAAUCCAUCUUAAACCUGGUGUUUUUCCAUUUAGAAGGACGGGUGGGGACCCAGAGAGACAAAAUAUUCCCGCCUUGUGCCAAAGCCAUAAAAGGGGGUGGAACAGAACAAAGGGGGCUGCCAGUCAUGAGAAAUCCCCUACCUGAGAAAUUACUACCUGAGCUGGAACUAACAAGGACUGUGCCAGGGGAAAGGACUGGGCCCAGAUUAGAAAGGAGUCUGGUCUGUGAAAGAAGCUUAUUGGAACAUCUCUGAGAGUGAGAUUUACCUGUAUUCAAUUUCUUAAAUGUAUUAGGCUUAGACUUGGGUGUUUUGUUUUAUUUUGCUUGGUAACUUACUUUGUUCUGUUAUUACUUGAAACCACUUAAAUCCUACUUUUUAUACUUAAUAAAAUCACUUUUGUUUAUUAGUAAACAAAUUAAUCACAAAGUAAGUGAUUAAUACUUAGGAGACUAAAUAGCUGUGCAUAUUUCUCUAUCAGUGUUACAGAGGGUGGACAAUUUAUGAGUUUACCCUGUAUAAGCUUUAUACAGAGUAAAACUGAUUUAUUUGGGGUUUGGAUCCCAUUGGGAACUGGGUGUCUGUGUAAUGGAGAUAGGUAACCUGCUGAGUGGUUUUCGGUUAAAGCCUACAGCUUUGGGGGCAUGGUUCAGACCUGAGUCUGUGUUGCAGCAGACUAGUGUGUCUUGCUCAACAAGGCAGGGUUCUGGAGUCCCAAGCCAUCAGGGAAAACAGGCUCAGAGGCAAUUUCAGCACAUCAGGUGACAGUCCCAAGGGGUUCUCUGUGACCAAACCCAUCACAGUGGCCCUCUAGGGAAGUAUGCUAUCUGGGUCUUUCAGCAGUCAGUCUGCAAAGAGUCAACCUAGAGCAGGGCCGCCCAGAAGGGAGGGCAAGUGGGGCAAUUUGCCCCAGACCCCGCAGGGGCCCCCACGAGAAUGUUGGAGGCUCCCACCACCUUUCGCCUUCGCCUUCCCCAUCCCUGGGCACCUCAGCGCGCCGCGUCCAGGAGCGGCCCCGGACAGCGCUGCAGUGGUGUGGCCUGAGCUCCUCCCGCUCGGAGCCGCAUGGUAAGGGGGCGGGGCUGCGAGCUCCUGCAGGCCAAGCAGCAGGAGCUCCUGGACGUGGCUCGCUGAGUCUCUGGGAGAGGGGGUGAGCAGCAUGGUAAGCCCCUCUGAGCCAGGCACCCCCCGAGCCCUGACCCCCAGCUCUGAGCCCAGCCCCUCUGAACCGGACACCCCCCAGUCCUGACCCCCAGCUCCGAGCCCAGCCCCUCUGAGCCAGACACCCCCCCCAACCCCAUUCCCCUACAGCCCUGACCCCCAGCUCCGAGCCCAGCCCCUCUGAGCCGGACCCCCCCCGACCUCCCCCCACAGCCCUGACCCCCAGCUCCGAGCCCAGCCCCUCUGAGCCAGACACCCUCCCAAGCCCAUCUCCCACAGCCCUGACCCCUAGCUCUGAGCCCAGCCUCUCUGAGCUGGGCACCCCCCGAGCCCAUCCCCCACACCCCUGACCCUCAGCUCUGUCCCCCAGCUCCGAGCCCAGCCCCUCUGAGCCGGGCACCCCCCAACCCAGACCCCAGCUCCCCACCCAGCCCCGGGCCACAGUAGUGCCACCCCCAGGCAGCGACAGCCCAUUAUGUAAUUGCAAAUGUAUACAUACCAUUAAAGCAUUUAAUGUUUUUAAAUAAUGUAUUUCGUGUAUUUUCAAAUUAUUAAAAAUUAAUUUUUGAAUGUA